UUUAUAGGUCAGGUAUCCAUGGUAAUUGACACUACAUAUCAUGCUCCUGCAUCAAAUUCUACACAAGACAUAGAAGCUUCAGAACGUCAAAAUUUAUUCCAUUAUGGAUGGUUUGCUGAUCCAAUUGUUUUUGGUGACUACCCAGACAUGAUGAGACAACGUAUUGAUGAAAGAAGUGCAUUACAAAAUCUGACUGAAUCACGUCUUCCUACUUUUACUGAUGAGGAAAAAGCAGAAUUAAAAGGACGGCGCGAUGACGACCCUAUUGGAGAACCAAGCAUGUCUGACGACGUUAGUGUCACAACUUACCAACCCGAUGAUUGGGAAAAAACUGUAACCUACUGGUUCAAGGUUGUUCCAUGGGGUGCUCGUGAUCUGGUAGUAUGGAUCAAGAACAGAUACGGAGAUGAUAAGGGAAUCUUAGUUACCGAAAACGGGUACCAUGACAACGGCAACAAUCUCACCGACUUGGACUCGAGAGGUCGUUAUCACAAGUUAUAUUUGAGCAACUUGAACGACGCUAUAUAUAAAGAUGCAGUAUAUCUAAUAGGUUACAUGGCAUGGAGUCUAAUGAAUGACGUGGAAUGGUAUGCCGGAUGGUUAGUCAAUCUGGGACAUUACCAUGUUGAUUUUGAUAGUGGCAACAGAACAAGGACCCCAAAAGAAUCGGCAGUAUAUUACAGAAAAGUCGUAACAACUAAUUGUCUUAUGGAAAACUGUACAGCUUCACCCAUAAAGUACAAUUUCAAUUAAACUUAUUUUAAUACCACGGAAUUAUUUUUAGAAAAUAAAAUUAGU